UAAGCUGGCUCUCGUCCAAGUGCGGCUCCGUCACAACGUACGAAGUGAGAGCCAGCAGAAGCAGCUGAGCGUCUCAGUCGUGACUAGUCCACUGAAACCUCAACUGGGUAUCACUCAAAAAGACAGCGCUCAAAUUACCCUUUUCAAAAUUUAAAUCAAUUACAAUAUCGGAUAAUUAUCAGAUAAUUGGCUAGAGCGAGCCCAUGGAUUUUCCAGUGAAAAUCCCCGAGGAAACCGUAAAAAGGGAAUAACGUGCGACUGCUGGGGCACACAUGGCAAUCGAUAGGGGAGAGAAUUCAUAGUUGCUCGCAGCGCCCAUGAAACAAGUGGUAAAGCACGUUUCGCAAGCACCUGAAGGCGUUGGAUUGUUGAGUUAUCGUGACGAAAUAUGUUGAUCAUACCAGUGAGUGACGUGGUUCAAGUGACAACCUGGUGUCUUCCUUAAAAAGAUUAUGAGGUGGCCCAGAGCCACAUCAAUGACGGUGGCAGAGAGGUGGUGCACCGACGGAUGAGCAAAUGCCCUCAUCACGCCGUGACCAAGAGCAAGGAAUAAGCCCUGAUAAAAAUAAAAGGGUAAAAGCUGAUGCUGAACGAUAAAAGAUACGAGGAAGAAGCGGGAGUGGACGCGGAUCGCAAUGGCAAUGGAUUCGUAUCAGGAAUGUGUUCAGGUGGUUACAUGGUCCAGACGAGCGAUACAUUGGGCUUGGACAACAGUACAACGAGCCAGACAACGGGUCAGAUGCAAUCGGGUAUUAAUACCGGUUGGACGAAGGAAGUACGUUAUGCACAAUUCACGGGUGGUGGAUUACCACCGCCAUUACCACCGCCACCGGCACCGCCACCACCACCACUUCCUCUUCCUCUUCAGAUGCAGCAACGGACUUACUCCCGAUCCAUGACCUCUCUACCCCCCGAGCCCUUCAUGAUCAUGCGAUCAAAGGCACUCAAUAGACGAGUAUCAAUAAAUGUAGGUGGUGUUAAGCACGAAGUACUCUGGCGUACACUCGAGAGAUUACCCCACACGAGAUUAGGUCGUUUACGCGAUUGCAACACCCACGAGGCUAUUACCGAAUUGUGCGAUGAUUAUUCAUUGAUCGAUAAUGAAUAUUUUUUCGAUCGUCAUCCUAAAUCAUUUAGCUCAAUUCUCAAUUUUUAUCGCACUGGUAAAUUACAUUUAGUCGAUGAGAUGUGUGUAUUAGCGUUUAGCGAUGAUUUGGAAUACUGGGGUGUAGAUGAAUUGUAUUUAGAGAGUUGUUGUCAGCAUAAGUAUCAUCAGAGAAAGGAGCAUGUACAUGAGGAGAUGAGGAAGGAGGCCGAGUCAUUGCGGCAAAGAGAGGAGGAGGAAUUCGGGGACGGCAAGUGUGCGCAAUAUCAAAAGUGGCUCUGGGACUUGCUUGAAAAACCCACUACGUCCAUCGCUGCCAGGGUGAUAGCUGUGAUAUCGAUACUGUUUAUUGUGCUAUCAACGAUUGCACUAACACUCAACACCAUUCCUAGUAUGCAAGUGAACGAUGAGCGAGGAAAUUUUCAAGAUAAUCCACAACUAGCGAUGGUGGAGGCAAUAUGCAUAACUUGGUUUACCCUCGAGUAUGUACUUAGAUUCAGUGCAUCACCGGACAAAUGGAAAUUCUUCAAAGGGGGUUUAAAUGUUAUUGAUUUAUUAGCAAUAUUACCGUACUAUGUGUCCCUGUUUCUCGUUGAAACGAACAAAAAUGCAACCGAUCAGUUUCAAGAUGUACGACGUGUUGUACAGAUAUUUCGUAUAAUGCGUAUACUGAGAAUAUUGAAAUUAGCGCGUCACUCGACUGGCCUCCAGAGUCUUGGAUUUACGUUGAGAAAUUCGUACAAAGAGCUCGGGCUGUUGAUGCUCUUUCUGGCAAUGGGAGUACUUAUAUUCUCGAGCCUUGCAUACUUUGCGGAAAAAGAGGAGCCCGGGACCAAAUUUAUAAGCAUUCCGGAGACGUUUUGGUGGGCUGGAAUCACCAUGACGACAGUAGGUUACGGAGACAUUUAUCCUACGACACCUCUUGGAAAAGUCAUUGGAAGUGUUUGUUGUAUUUGUGGUGUCCUGGUAAUUGCGUUGCCUAUUCCCAUUAUCGUCAAUAAUUUUGCCGAGUUCUACAAGAAUCAGAUGAGGAGGGAGAAGGCCCUCAAGAGGCGAGAGGCACUUGAGAGGGCUAAGAGGGAGGGGAGCAUUGUAUCAUUCCAUCAUAUCAAUCUGAGGGAUGCAUUUGCCAAGAGUAUGGAUCUCAUCGAUGUCAUCGUUGAUACUGGUCACAAUAUGUCUGGUGCUGAUGGCAACAGCACAGAGGGUGAAUCCGCGUGUGAGAGGGGACCAGCACAAACUGGUGCUGGAUGUUAUCGCAAUUACGAGCAUUACAGUAUGUCACGUACACGGAGAAGUGCCUCAUCGUGCUUUCCACCGAUUCCCAAUGAUCUGCCGACGACACCGGACAGUCCUAGUCGUCGACUCCUAGAUUUCGCUCAGAACAUACCUGGGAGUCAGAAUGAUGAUGACUAUUAUCAGGAUGAUCUGCCAGCUCAGCACUCCAAUCAUGGCAACACAACUCCAAGUGAUGAAGAUAAGAGAGAUGGGAGAAAAAUCGACAAAAUCGAUGAAUUCCCCAGUGAAUUCGAGUGUUGCUUUUGUACCACAAAGAAAUGUCCUCACUCCGUGUCCUGCGGUGUCCAUUCACCCUCGAGAUAUUUACAAAAAUUAGUUGAUCUCUCUACUGAUGGACAGGAGGAGUACAAAGACCAUCGGGAUGCUGAAGACAUAAUGCCUCUAGCCACUAGUGACUUCAGCAAAACAAUUCGCCAGGAGUUGCGAUCACUACGGGAUAGUAGUAUCGAAACAAGUGGUUAUGCCGAUCAUAUGUCAUCCCCACUGCGUUUUACAACUCAUCCCAUGGAGACAACGAGCUACACAUCCCCAUCGACGAAUUAUCAGACGACAAAAGGAGGGUACAAUGACCGGGGUAGUGUCGACAGCUCCGGUACGUACGCAAGUUGCCAGACCCAUCCAUUCCACUCCCAGGAGAUGCUAGGCGAUGGUGAACCACAAGACGAGGGUGACAGUAAUCUCUACAUCAAUCCACUCGAAAGUGCUGACAACAAGUGUCGAGACAUUGGGGUUGAUAAAUCCCUCGAUGCAUCAUUAUUCACUGGUGAAUUCUCCAAGAGUGUUCAGUCUCAGCAGGAGGCAGCAAAAGGAACUGACACCCUCCCCAAGCACAAAAAGACUAGAGUAGCUAAGAGUGCAUCGCGUCGUCAGCAGUCACCAACAGAUCCUGAUGCAACACCCACUAAUACACCACGAGAUGUUGGAGAUCUAGAGGACAACAAUAAUCUGCAAAUAGGUCUCCGAAGUCAGCGGCCUAUCUCCACAACUUCAAACUCAUCCCUGACGAGUUUAGCAUCAGCAACUCGGCUGAUUAAUCAGCAGCUCUUCGGCAAUCUAAGUGGUUCUAAACAAUACACCGGAGGAUCUGGGAACAAGUCCCAGUCGGUUGACUCGAUCGACAGCCAAACCUUUGUGGGUGAUCGGAGUCGAUCGAUUCUCAAGAAAUCCCAGGGCAGAAGGACAUACAGCACUGAUGACGUUGAUGAUGAUACAGAGCAACUCAUUCUGGAUAAUUCCAGUCCAAAUAUGAAUAUUUGCAUCAGGCAGGCGCCUUUUUUCUCCAGUCAGAUGAUCGGAGCGCUUCUCAGGAGCAAUAAUAAUGUUGAGUCUCUGGACUCCCCGGUGAGGGACAACUCCAGGCGACUCUCCAAGUCCAUCGGGGAUUAUCGUGAUACUGGUGCUCUUGGUGACGAGGGGAGGAGGGGAAAACGAGGGGAAAUUCACUCGGGGAAGGAUACUGAGCCCAUGCUGGCGAGGCCUACGAAACCGUCGAGAAAACUAGCUAAAAAAAUUAUCGCUCAGGAAAGGAAGAAGUCCUCGGGUACCAGCGACGAUGGCUCCGUGGAUUCCGCUGCCACCUGCAUCCCCAAGGAAACCCGGAGGUCCUCCCAGGGGAAGAAAAAAUAUUAAACAUCUGGGGCCCUCGAUUUUUCUGUUUAUCUUUUUCAUUCGGGACCUCCAUUGCUCCAGGGCUACAACUCUCUGUGUUUAGACGUGAAUUGUUGUUUAUAUUAUUUUAGUUCGAUUAAUGUUGAAAUGAUUCAGUACUGGGAUUUAUUGAGAGCAUCGGAGAUUAUGUUGCCUAUAUGUGCCUUGAUAUUUUUCGCAAGCGACUUUAAUUGAAGGUACAAGAUAAAUUCUGUGAUACGGGGGACACCCAGAGAAAUUAUUUAUUCGAGUGUCGAGAUUAAAAUUUUCCCAAUUCUUUAAUUUUUAAAAUGAAAAUUUAUUUCUACUGCUUCAGAGUGGAUUAGUUUAUCAAACUCAUGGCUCAAUUAAAUGGCGAAGUAAUUAUUCAGUAAAUAUAGCAUUUAUUGGAUUGAAUGAAUAAUUUUUCCGAGUGUCUCUCU